AUGAAGCUCACGCCGGGCGUCAAUCAAUCAACGGAGGAGAAGAGAUCGAUGCCGCUUAUCGCUCAAUUUCUUGAGCCGGAAUGCGGAGCUCUAAGGAUUACAAAGAGAGUGGUAAAUGGCACGGAUGCGGAGAAAGGACUAUAUCCUUGGAUGGCCUACAUACACAUGGGAAAGCACUUAGCCUGUGGUGGCACUCUGAUCAAUCAUUGGUUUGUUCUAUCUGCGGCGCACUGCAUUGCUAAACCCAAGGGACUUACAGUCAGUCUGGGCGUGUAUGAGAGCAGCGAUUUGGAACCCUCGAAACUUUACCGAGUGGAGAGGUUCUUUAAGCACUGGAGUUUUGUUAAAUCUAGGGAAGGCAGCGACAUAAGUCUAUUGAAGCUGGCCAGAAAGGUGGAGUUCUCAGCCCACAUUAGACCCAUCUGCAUCCUAACAGACUCGAUACUAGAGCUGGAACGUGUUCCAUGGUUUUUGGUCAUUGGCUGGGGUAAAACCGAACCAGAUGGCAACACGAGUCCUGUUCUCCAGACCAAGAUCCUUGAGAGGAGGGAUAAAAGUGAAUGCAACUGUCUCGAUUCACAGAUAUGUACGGUGGCCGAAAGUGGAACCAUUUGCUUUGGGGACUCCGGAGGACCUGUGGUCCGGGAGCUUAAGAUUCAGCAAAAGAGUCGCUACGUCCAGUUGGGGGUUAGCAGUUUUGGAACAGAUCAUUGUAGUGCUCAUGGUGUUUUCACAGAUGUCCUCAGUCACACAAUGUGGAUACAAUUUGUUGUGGGACUGCAUACACCCAAUGAUGGGCUGGUCUUGACAGCAGCACAUUGCCUGCACGAGGACGAAGUGCUAACUGUUCGCCUUGGCGAGUAUGAUCGAAAGUCCAAGACGAAGGACUGUCAAGGUGGACGCUGCCAGGGUCCUGCCGAGGAGUACGAGAUUGAGACGGCUUUUAGGAGCCGCCGAUACAGUAGGGACGAUCAAUCCAAUGAUAUAGCCAUCUUCAAACUGGCCAGAAGGGUGGAGUACAAACCUCACAUUCAACCCAUUUGCAUUUUCAUGGAUUCACGUAUGAAGGAGCAGAUUGAUAAUCUCACCUGGUUCACAGCCACCGGUUGGGGAAGGACAAGUGCCCAAGGCAAGACAACCCAAAUCCUUCAGACCUUGGCCAUUAGGCGACAGAUUAACCAAGAGUGUGCCCAAAUGUUUGGCCGUGCUGUAGGCCCCAAUCAGAUCUGUGCUGGCAAUGAGUUCAGUAAUCUUUGCAAUGGUGACUCUGGUGGUCCUGUGGGCAGAUUGCUAAACUAUCAGGGAAAGGCUCGUUUCUUUCAGUUGGGCAUUAAUAGCUACACGAACACACAGUGCCGACACCUCAGUGUCUUAACGGAUGUGAUUAGCCACAGGGAUUGGAUCCAAAGGGUGGUGGACUACAAAAAUACCCCUCAGGUUCGAUCUAUGAGACCGGAGACUGGGGAAAUGCCUAGAUUUGUGUAUUCAUUGUAA